AUGACGACUGAAAUCGGAAUCGAAUUGCGCGAGAGAACGAGAAUACUGGUCAUUCUGGUUUCCGCUUCACUCCCGUUUGCAGGUGGCAGAUCGACAAAACAAGACACUGGGUUGAGUGUUCCCAUCACUCCUUCAACAAGCAACGAAAUAUCAGAGAGCAUCGACGAAGAUGAAGAAGAAGACGAUCCUCCAAUACUCGAAGAUGGUUCGACAACUCAUGGACUGGAAAGACUGAGCUCGGCAGCAACCUGUUUAGUUGCUGGCGUCGAAUAUACUCAUGGACAACAGACGGUCGUAUUAGUAUUAGUAAACAGCAUAGGGAAACCAGCAACUGCCACUACUUUCGGAGACCUCGCUGCAAUAUUAAUUGACAGGGUAGUUCACCUCGGAAGAUCGUAUGCCAGAGUUGACAUUCUUUUCGACCGGUAUCGUCCCAAGUCAAUCAAAAGUGGGACCCACUGUAGACGGACCAGAGGAGCUGUUUCAGUCAGAAGGGACAUCACAGGCGCAGCCAUUCCACUGCCAAAAAAAUGGAAGAAUUUUCUAGCACUGGGAGACAACAUGGCCGACCUAGACCGCUUCCUAUCUCAGGAAGUUCUCCAACAUGUAUUUGAUGCCAUCGAAGUUGCUCUAUUCGGAGGGUUCAUACAUGAAGACGACGUGCGAUCAACCAAUCCCGAAUCCGACGUGAGUCCCCUAGCAGCAACACGUGAAGAGGCCGAUACACGCGUUGUAAUGACUUGCACCAAGUUGUGUCACCGUUUUCAUCUAUGUUUUAAACAAUGUUUUGACUCUGGAAUGAUCGUUUUCUUCACUUCCUUCGGCGGCCAUCUUGAAGCCCAUGCACUCCAAACUUGA